AUGAGUCCUCCCUCGCCUUCGCGGGCGGGGGGAGCGUCUCUCAGCGCCGCGUCGUCGGUUAGGGCCUCUUCAGUCUCCUCGCGACUGGGGAGUGCAGGCGCGGGAGAGAAGGAGCUGCAGGCGCCCGCAGUCGGGGGAGGCGCGCCGGGCCCCUCCAGCCCCUCGCCUGGUGGGAAGGCGGGACCCGCGCGGCAGGCUUCGGUCGCCGCCUCUUUUUCGCCCAGUUCUCUCUCGGGGCGAGCGGCGAGCACCGGCAAGGCAGCUUCUUCGCAGACCUCUGCGGCCUCCGUGGCGGCCGCAGGAAAGUCGGGCAAGGCGCACUUCGCUGCGCCUCCUGCACCGCCGGCAGUCCCGAUUCCGCCGCCGCAGAGACAACUGCGCUCGAGGCCCGUGGACGCCACCAAGCGCCUCUUCAUCAUUCGCCGCUACGAGGACCUGGAGCAGCUCGCAGAAGAAGAGGGCGUGCGGAUCGACCCGAUUCAGCUCGGCUUUCUGUCGCCGACGGAGUUCGUCGAGGAGGACAUGGCCGCGAGCGCCGUCUCCACGAACGCCUCCUCGCACAGAGGCCACGGCGCGGGCGGCGCGGGGCCGCUUGUGAAGAAGAAAAAGCAAAAGAUGAUCGUCGUGCCGCCCAUUCAAAUCGAAGAGUCGCACGACGCUGACCUCCCGGACUUCAUUCGGCCAGAUCACUACAUCCGCUUUGAGCAGCACCGGGAUCAACCGACAGGUCUUCGGCUUCCGGACGGGUCGCUGGUGCACUACGACAUGCUGAAGGAGGACGAAAUCUUUGUCCGCGAGUUGAAUCGGCGCAUCGCGCACUAUGCGCCGCCGUCGCUCUUGUCUUCAGUCGACCUCUUCACCCUCGACGACUCCUGCGACCGCGCGGCGGCCGCCAAGGGCGAGGAGACGGGCGACGCGCCGGAGGAGGCCUCUAGAGAGGAGGCGAAGUUGGGCGCGAAGGAGACGCAGGCCUCGGGGGGCGUUAAGGGCGAAGAAGGCGAUUUGGCUGCGAACGGGGCAACGGGCGGCUCUGGCGAGAAGCUGAAUGGUGCUGCCUUCUCCGCGGGCGGCGCCGGUGCCACCCGCGCGCAGCCGCGCGAGGAAGAAAACCUGCAAAACAGCGCGCAGGCGGGCGAGGACGCGGCGCCGCCCGCUCCGGGUCGCCUCUUUGAGGGCGCGGCGCCGGGCUCGCGGAAGCGUAAGGGCGAGGACGAGGCAGAGGAGGCGGGUGAGGGGCGCGAAAAGAAGAGGUUGGCUUUGUGCAGCGCGGCGCGCGAGAGGGGGGCGUCGACGCUCCCGGUGAAGGGCGAGUUGUUUCUGUCUGAGAUGGCGUUUGUGAAGAUGAUUGACGCAUUCGAGAAGGAAGUCCACGCGAAGAGCGGAAACGAGCAUGCGCUGACGCACAAGGACGCGGUACGAAUCGCCCGCGACGAGCUGAAGCUGCAGAUUCACCCGGUCCUCGUGAAACAGGUGCAGCACUACUGGCUAGAGAAGCGGCAGAAGCUGGGGAAGCCGCUGCUGCGGCACUUCUGGCCGCCCUGCUCGCCCUCAGACGUCUCGCCGCUCGCCGUCUUCCGGCCGCGGCAGGCGGGCCGCGAGAAGAUGACGCUGCGCAAGCAGAAACGCGUCGGGAAGGACACGCUGCUGCGCGCAGAGCGGCUGCUGGAGGACAUCAAAGUCGUCGAGCGGCUCCUGCGCCGCAUGCGCAGCCGCGACGAGAAGAAGGAGCAGCUCCUCGAGGUUCAGUGCAUGGCUUUCGACCAAAUGCGCUUCGAGCUCUCCGAUCCGCUCUAUCGACACCCUCUCUGGGACGCCUUCCGUGAGCGCCUGGCGGCCAAGAGCGAACGCAGCGGUGAGAAAGCGAGCCGCCGCCACGCGGCCGCCGCCGAGAAGCGCCUCGGAGCUGCCAGACUCGCAGGCAAAGGUGACGACGGCCUCGCCCGCAACGUCGCCUUCAGCGGCGUCUCCGCCGCUUCCCGGCGGAGAGACAAGUCCGCCUUCGCCGCGGCCGGCGCCGAGCGAGACGACGACGACCGACGCGGGGCUGCCGCCGCCGCGCCAGGCGACAAGCGCGACGCGGGGGACAAGCGCCGCCUUGAGGAGGCCGACGGAGACGACCUCAGGAAGAAGAGAGAAGCAGAGGAAGAAAACGGAACAUACAAAACGGUGCAACAAGUCGACGCCAUCCUCGGCGACGGCUCGCCGCCUUGGGUCGCGUGGUCCGGAGGAAAUCCGCACUUUCGACCGUGCUUCUUUCCGCCGGCAUCAACGUUUGCGUAUCUGUCUUCCCUGGCGUCGUCGUCGACUUCGCCGCUGCCUCCGUCGCUCGUCCCGCCGCCGCCGCCCUUCCUGAAUGACGGCUCAUCGUUCUCCUCAGGUCCCACGUGUCGCGUGGUACGCAGGAGAGGCCGCGGGGGCCGGUUGUGGCUGGAUCGCUUGCUCUGUCGCCCGUCGCCGUCGUCCUGUCUCUCGCAGAACGCCUUCCUCCCUUCGUCACGUUUCUCCGCGCGCCUUCCGCACGCCUCGCUUCACAAGUCGCGCGCGGCGCUCGCGGGCGGCGCCGGCGACAAGUUCCGGGGCAGUGCCUACAACGCAGCCGGAGACGGCGAAGAGGCGAACGAGGGCGGCGACGGCAAGCCUUUCUUUCCGCCUCAAGAAGACGCCGAGUUCGGCGCGGGCGGCCUCCUUUGCGAGGGAGCCUCGGCGGCGCGACGCGAAGACGGGGACGCGUCUGAGGAGAGAAAAGGGAAGGUUCAAGGCGGCGGAGUCACAGACGGCGCAGCCGACGCGGCCAGGAAGGAGGACGAAGGCAGAAGGGGGAGGCGGACGUCUGCCGGAGGCGAAGCGGAGGACGUUGCGCCUCCCGAAGCGGCGUCUUCCUCACGCGCGCGAGAAGGAAGCAGUGGGCGAAACGCGACGACCGCGGCAGCCCACGCCAGCCAGGCGGCGCAGCUGUGGAGGAAAGACGGAGCCGCCACGGCUAUGCAAAAGACGUUCGCAGCGUGGCCGCGACAGCAAGGACUGUAUGUCCAGCCGAGAAGGGACGACGAAGCCGGAGGCACCGACCGAUACUCACCGCCCUUCGCCACGGCAGACGGCGUGGACGCGUCGGCAAACACCGAAGGUUUCCAUGUCUUCUCGCUACAUCGCCACCUUGCCCAGCAGGAGCAGUUGGCCUCCGCAGCAGCUUCGUUCGCAGCUUCUUCAACUCUUCCGCCUCGCACUGCCCCAGACGCCUUCGCGUCGCCUCGUCACGUUCCUGCCUCCGCACCGGGUGUCUGCCCUCUCACUGCGUCUCCGCGGAGCGUGGUGGGGCGACCCGGGGCGGGGGCUUUGCCGGGUCUCCGGGGCCAGGAGGCCCUGAAUGCGGGUCUUCUCCAGCCGAACGCCCCCGGUGUCUCCGCUGCCAGCCUGGGCGCUCAAGGCGGCCCUGCGGGCCUCGCGUCCAUCCCUCUCUCCGCGUACGCACCACACCCUUCUGCUUGUCCUCCCUUUUCGUCUGGAUCGCUUCACGCGCUUUCGGGGGCCGCCGCGGCGGGCUACGGCCACGCUCCGGCGCACGUGGCUCUGGCUUCAGCCCCUCCAGGGGUACCUGGAGCAGGCCCCCCCUUCUUUCCUACGUCUGCAGCGAAUCCGUACUUUGCCGCUUCGCAUCCCUUCUCUUCGUUCCCGGCCUCGCACCCCGCAGCGUCGUCUCACCUCGUCGUCCACCCCACAGCGGGGCCCGGGGGCCAGCCCCCCAACCUAGCUGCCCAGUUCGCCUCCCGGGGGACCGCUGCGGGUCCGGCAGGAGCCGUCGAUUUCUCGGCGUCCUACGGGUCCCCGGGGGCUCCGGGAGGGCUGUCACAGCCCAGCGCAACUCAUCCUUCGUUCUAUAAUCCGGCGACGGGCGUACCUGUUGUCUCGCCUGCGUAUCCCCACUCGAGCGUCUUCCUUCGGCCUCCCCCAGGGGCGCCGGGGCCCGCACCUGGGGCCUACCCCCCGCAGCAGCAGGGCAGGCCUGGGCGUCCACCGGCGGGCCGCGCCGCUGGCCAGGGCGUGCAGUAUUUCUACGCGCGCCCUCCAGCGCCGGGACCCAUGGAGCCCAACAAGGCUGGCCCUGCCGCGGGCGCCGGAGACGCGGGGACGGGCUCGAGGGAGACGGACGACGGCAGUGCGAGGACCGGCGCAUUCCCAAGCCCCGCCGCGGGAGCAUACGGCUCCGCACAUGCUUCCGGUCCCCCGGGCUUCGCUGGAGGAAGGGGACAGUCGGGCAGCGUCGGCGGGUCUCCCGCGGGGGGCUCCGGCCCUGCAGGUGGCUCUGCACCGGGGAGCGGCGGCGGGUCCGGCGGGGCAGGCAGUGUCGGUCCCGCAGACAACGGCUUUUUCGGCCAGAGUCGAGGUGACGCUUUCGGGUCGGGCCCCCCCAACGCGGGCUUCGCGCCGCAGGCGCCUGCUCCGGGGACUGUCUCUUCAGGAGCCCAGGGGAGCCCCCCCGGCAAUCUGGCGAUGAUGGGCGGGAGCGGGGGCUCAGGCAGCGGCGGCGGGGCCACAGGCACGCAGACACCUCUAGGAAGCGCCGCUGGAGGCGCUUCUUCAGGCGCUAGUCAAGUGGGUGGGCAUCCGCCUGAGUACAGUAACGCCUAUCGACAGCAGCAGUUCGUCGUGAAUCCCAUCCAGCAGGGAGGUCCGGGGGCCAAUUACGCGCAGUUCUUCGGCGCUGCGCCUUCGGGGGACACAGGAGGCGAACCGGGGGCGGGGCCCCCGGGUUCAUUUCCGCCUUCUGCGGCGUCUGGGCCUUUCUACCCUCCGGCUCGAGGUGGGACCGUUGGAACCCCACGGGCUGGAGCGGGGGCAGUCGGGAGAGUGGGAGGCACCGCCCCCCCUAGCAGGGGAGGGCCUUCGCCUCCGACCGAGCCCGUAGAGCCCAACGCUGCAGGGACCGCGACAGGGACCGGCGGUGCACCAGACCAGGAUCCGGUAGCCGCCGCCGCGGGACGGCAGAGUGCCCAUGCAAACUUCAAGGGGUGGAUGCGAAGCAGCGUCCCAUCGGCGUCAAACGCAUCGUCAGGCGUGGGCGGCCGCGGCGCCGCGUCCGGGCCUGCGUCGGCUUCGCCGUCUUCUCCGCCUCCGGGGGCGGGGGGCGACAACAUGCCCGUGCCUGGACCCUCAUCGGCCCCGUUCGCCUCGUACCCCGGGGGGAGCAACCCGCCGUCGGCAGGCCCGCCCGCCCCUCGCCAUGGCUAUGCGCCUCCAUUCGCUUCGCCCUACGUGGACUGCGGCCGCGGCAAGUCGAACGCACCUGCGUCCGCGUCUUCGUUUGAAGCCCCAGGCGCGGCGCCAGGGCAGGUCCCCGGUGCAGAUCCCUCGCAGUCGCCGUUUGGGCCGCCCUCCUCACAGAGUCCAGCGCCAGGAGAGAUGAACAACUACAUGUACGCGGGAGGCGGGGUGCCGCCUUCGGCGCCGCCGUCCUCGCGCGCGUCGUCGGGGGUCGCUGGAGGCUCUGGUCCGGUUCAUCCCUUCUCGUUUACUUCCGGCUUUCCAUGCUCGUUUCAAUUCCCUGGCGCCCCCGCCCACUACCCGCCAGGCGCGCACCCCCACCACGUCUUGAACGCCGCGCAAACCGGCGGCGUGCCUACCGCGACGGCGCAUGCGCCCAGCGCGGGCGCGGAGAUGGGCGGCGCCCUGGACGGCUCCGGAGGGUCUGCUGUUGACUGUGGGGUCUCCAAGAAGGGCAGCCGGAAGAACGCAGGCGAAGCAGCCAAGAAAGGAGAGGCGCAAGUUGCAGGCGAGAACCAAGCCUUUCGUUCCGCAGAGCGAGGCGAGCGCGGAAGAUUCGUGUCGCCGUAUCCGGGAGCACUCGAUGGAGCACACAAAAAAGGGGUAGACUUCGCGUCGUCUCAUGGGGCGAAGACGCAGGGGGGGAAUGCGUGA